AUGGCCGUCAAAAUCCCCAUCGUCAAAAAGCGCACCAACAAAUUCAAGCGCCACCAAUCGGACCGCUACCACAGCGUGAAGGAGGCAUGGCGGAAACCCAAGGGUAUUGACAACAGAGUUCGUCGCCGGUUCAAAGGCCAAACCCCCAUGCCCAAGAUCGGCUAUGGAAGCAACGCCAAGACCCGCCAUCUGCUCCCGAAUGGCCUGAAGAAGUUCCUGGUCAACAACGUGAGGGAAGUCGACCUUCUUCUCAUGCACAACAAAACCUUUGCCGCCGAAAUCGCCCAUGGUGUUUCCAGCCGAAACCGCACGACCAUCCUUGAACGUGCAAAGGCGCUCGGAAUCAAGGUGACGAACCCAGCGGCACGGUUGCGCUCUGAGGAGUAG